UAAAUCCCUGUGAUGUGAGAUUCUGAUUUUGAUAGAUUAUAUGGGAAUUGGACUAAUAGACGGGUUCUUGCUAAAAGAUGACCUAAUGCCUAAAAGAAACUUCACGGCCCGCAGUCCGCAGUCGAUUUUUCGGCUGGUACCUGAAGUUAAAUGAUGAUGAGUUCCUAAACAAUUUCAUCACCUCAAACCUUCAGUUUGGUGAGGCGACGCUGACUUUAGCUAGCGAAUGUAAAGUAGGUCCCAGGCAGCGAGCGUAUUUUUUUAAAAAAAAACCCAAUGAGACUAGAUUUUCUUGAUCCUUAAAGAGUAUCUGUUAAAAAUUUGCGGGGAAACCUUGAUAUGCGGUGAAAUCUUGAUAUGGUAGCAACGUCAUUAACCUGAGUGUAAAAAUAUCUGUGGAGAUUAAUAAUGACCGGAAGUCGCUGAGUGUGAUAAACACCUGUAACAGCCAAUAAGCAAAGAACUCAUGAUCUUUACUCGUCAACUGCAGUUCAAGUCAUCGUCAAGGGAUCUAUCUUAAAAUUACGAUGAGUUUUGGAACGUGUAACUGGUUGUAUUACUUGGCACAUACCGGAAACAGGUUCACCAGGAAAGUUGAAAGCUUUUCAACUUUAACUUGACAUAUCGAUUACCUUUAAAUCACGUAAACCGGAGACAAAAAUCUAGAAUGUUCCAUAUAACGAUCUUUAUAAUUCUUCUUCAAGUAACGUGCGGUGCGGUACAAGAAAGAGAGGACUGUCAUUCAAGUUUGCAUAACAAGCAGUCUGAAGUGAGAGACAAACUUCCUGCGAAGAAUCUGACUAAAAUCUAUACUCUCAAGCAUUCGCUUCAAAGAAAUCCGUUCGAUAUCUGGUACUUCAAAGAUAAGUUUAAGUCUUUAGAAGAUUUAUUACUUACGACCGAGAAGUACAACAACCAGAUUGUUGAACGACAAACAACAAAAUAUCGUCUUAGAAAUGUUAUGGGAAAAGUUCUACUUGGUCAAGAUAUUGGCCUUAUUGUAAUGGGUGGAUCAACAUCGGCUGGAGGUGGAUUAAUCAACGAUUUCUCCAAUCUAAAAGGAGUUUAUUAUCGUGUUUUUGUCGAUUGGUGGCAGAAAGCCAUACAGCCUUUCACAGGAUCUCGCGUCAAAUUGCGUAAUCUCGCCGUUGGAGGAACUUCUAGCGACUUUUUCUAUUAUUGUUACAAAACCUUAAUGAGACCUGAGGAUAACUCAGACAUUAUCUUCCUUGAACUUUCAAUAAAUGACUAUCUUCAAUUCAAGGACUCUAAAAAGCCAAGUGCGUCCUCUCUUGAAAAACUUACAAGGCAGCUCCUCGAGGAAAAAUCUUCCCCAGCAGUAGUGUAUGUUAAUUUUACUCCCGGAAGUAAUAACAUUCCCAUAUGUGACAACCUAGAGAAUCACGGGCAGACUAUGCUAGCCUGGCAUUAUGGGAUAACAAGUUUCAGUAUGCGCGAGUCGUUAUGUUCAAAUGAUGGAGACAGACAAUUUCCAGCGUUUUUCGCCUCAGAUGGAAAUCACAGCGGUAAUAUCGCACAAGCACAAAUCGCUAUGAUGAUAAUCAACAACGUUCGUAACACUUUAUUAGACACUAUAACAAAUACCCAUCGAGGACUCUUUUAUUUGCGAUGUAUCGACUUACCGAGACCUGUUUAUUUUGCGGGCAAACAAGGAUCUGUCCCAGGCCCUCUCUGUUAUUCUCACCUAACACCAGACGUAAGUAGCACGUUCUUCAAUCCGUCUCUCUCUGUCACAGAAAUAGAAAUUACGGGAUUUAAGCGCACUCGAAAUCUACCUAUUAGCGUUGCUGGAAGUAGUCCAUUGGAAAAGAAACUCCGGCCUGUGCGGACUGAUGGUUUUGGUGGAUGGGAGGCAGAGAAAGUAAACUCUACUCUACAACUAAAAAUUGAUUUUCCUUUUGAUGGCAUUUCUGGGGAUAAUCAGACUAGAGAUGUUAUCGUAGCCUUCCGAACAAAUGGUUAUGGAGGAAAAGCAGAAGUUUCAUUGGACAAACGUAAUAAAAGUUUCUAUGCUGAUGCUUAUUCCAUAUUUGGAUAUACACGACUCGUAAAGGUAGCGCGUCGCGUGACACCAGGAAGCCACAAUCUGAGUUUUAAGAUUGUAAAAAGCGGAAAGUUUGCUUUAUGCGGUAUAAUGACUGCAGGUCCAGAACCCGAGCCAUGACAAAGUAAUGAGCCUAAACAAGACUCUGUUGAUCAUGUGACUGUUACGAUUGGGCAGGAACUAGAAACUCACCAAAAGAAUGCAUCACGUACCUAGCUGCUUUCGGGCAAAACAUGAUUAUCGGAUCAGAGGCCCGUUUCUCGAAAGUCCCGGUAACUUAACGG